AUGUAUCCAUCUAUGGAGGAGAAGCCUGUCACAAAGAACAACUGUUAUUUUUUGUUUAAACUUGCUCAUGAAUAUCAAAUAGAAUCUAUUGCUCACAAGUGCGAAAGGGUUAUGGCUUUCAUGGUCAAAGCAAGAACGGAAGAUGACGUUCUAUCAAUGCUUCUCUAUGGGCAAAAGUACCAGCUAAAAUCACUAAUAUCGACGUGCAUAUAUGAAGCUCGGCGUUUAACAUUAAAGGAACUGAAAAAGCACAAAAGUCGUGACGAGAUCGAGCCGGACAAUUAUGUGCGGAUCGCUGAGGGCAUUAUACAGCGACUUGAGGCCACCGUCGAGACGCAGUGCAAGGUGAACAAACAAAUAAAAGAAGGUUGUCUGAACCGUCUUAAACAAGCUAGCUGUAGUUUGUUUGGUCAUGCUCUUGCUAAAGGAAUUGCUAGUGUAGCAAGUUGGGAGGCAAACACUGACACGUAUCUGUAUCGUGUAAAGGCAGAUACCAGUGAGAAGAAAUGUGCAUCCCCGUAG